CGUCUGAGCUGCGCUCAUUGAGCGCCGGAGGUCCACCGUGUCCAGUUCUCUGCGCUGAAGCCGAGGAGGAAAAGACGCUUUGGGGGACUGCUCUGAGAGUUUAUUGCGGUUCCUGCCUCUGCGCUCCGGGUGGAUUUUACUCUGUGGUCUGCAGUUUGUAAAUCAUCGUCCAGCUCUGAAAUGGCUGACAGGAAGUUGGAUGGCUUUGGACAGAUUUGGAUGGUAGCGCUUAUACUGCUGUGUAAUCCAGCAGCGUUUAUGGUGAAGGCAAGUCUGGCGAUCAAUGAAACCCAGCAGCAGGCUUCAACCAGUGUCUACAAUGACAUUACGGUCACCAGGAACAAGAUAGUCACAGCCCAGUUUGAGUGCUAUCAAAAGUUAAUGAAAGAAAAUACCCACAGCAGACAAGAACCUGUGUGCAAUCGCACGUGGGAUGGCUGGCUUUGCUGGGAUGACACCAAAGCAGGAGUUACAUCCGAGCAGCACUGCCCGGACUACUUCCAGGAUUUUGAUCCAUCAGAGAUGGUCACAAAGAUUUGCACUGACAGUGGUCAAUGGUUUCUGCAUCCGGAGAGCAACAGGACAUGGACCAACUACACCCGCUGCAAUGAGCACACUGUAGAAGGCAGAAUGACUGCAAUGAACCUUUUCUACCUUGCCCUCAUAGGACAUGGGCUGUCUCUGACUUCCCUCCUCAUCUCCCUAGCAAUUUUUUUCCAUUUCAAGAGUUUGAGCUGUCAAAGGAUCACCCUUCAUAAGAACCUCUUCUUCUCUUUUGUUCUGAACUCUGUGAUCACCAUCAUUUUGCUGACUGCAGUGGCCAACAACCAGGAGCUCGUGCAGAGGAAUCCAACAAGCUGUAAAGUGUCCCAGUUUAUUCACCUGUACCUGUUUGGCUGUAAUUACUUCUGGAUGCUGUGUGAGGGGAUAUAUUUGCACACUCUCAUCGUGGUGGCAGUGUUUGCUGAGAAGCAGCAUCUGAUGUGGUACUAUCUCCUAGGAUGGGGCUUUCCUCUUAUCCCAGCCACCAUACAUGCCGUCGCUCGGAGCUACUACUACAACGACAACUGCUGGAUUAGCUCAAAAACAUCACUGCUCUACAUCAUCCACGGCCCCAUCUGUGCUGCUCUUUUGGUUAAUUUGUUCUUUCUACUCAACAUCGUGCGAGUUCUCAUCACCAAACUGAAGGUGACCCAUCAAGCAGAAUCAAGUCUGUACAUGAAAGCCGUGAGAGCCACGCUCAUCCUGGUCCCUCUGCUUGGAAUUCAGUACGUCCUGCUUCCCUACAAGCCAGAGGGACGGGUCUCUUCGGAAAUAUAUGACUACAUCAUGCACAUACUCAUGCAUUACCAGGGUCUGCUUGUGGCCACCAUCUUCUGCUUUUUCAAUGGAGAAGUAAGACGGGGUUAUGCCCUUUUAUUAUUCUUUUUUUUUUUUUUUUAGAUAUUUCAACACGUGUACACACCCUAUCCCACACUUGUGCUAACCUCAUGGUUGAGAAGGGUCAUGCGUUGACAGGGUCAUUGCCCUGGUGCUACUCUUCCAAUGUUGGGGAAACUAAUAUGUAGUCAUAACAUUUCAGGCUACCAGCUUGAUUACACUGAAUGAAAUUACAGCAAAGAUACCCUAGAGAAUAAUCUAGCAUGUUAAAUUAAAAA